AUGGAAGAAGGAAUUGAUAAUCACGGAAUUAAUAACACUGAGAAUAUAAUAGGAGAAGAAAAUGGAAUUGAAGAUAUAUUAUUAAUGGUAAUAUUAUUAUUUGGGAAUGGGAUGACAAUAUUUUGUUUAGGUAAAAUGAUACAUAAAGGGAAAAAACAAGAAAUAGAGAAUUAUAAAAAUAUUUUAGGACAUAUAUUUUAUAAACCGAAAAAUGCAAUACUAUUAAUGAUAGUCAAUUCAAUUGGAAUAGGAAUAAAUUGCUGUUAUUGGAGUUUAAUUAUUUGUGAAAUAAUUGAAAUAAAAAGAGAUGAAACAAUAAAAAGAAAGAUAAUAAAUAUAGAAAUAAUUUUUACAGGAAUUAUAUCAAUUAUAAUAGGGAAAUUAACAAAACAAUGGAAAAUAAGAAAAAUUAAAACAAUAGGAAUACCAAUUAUUAGUCAAAUUUUAGUAAUAAUAAUAAUAAAACAAGAAAUAAAUAUAAAAAACAAUGGAAUUAUAUUUUUAAUGAUUAGUAUAAUGACAAUAAUUGGAUAUUAUAUUGGAACUCAAAUGAAAGAUAUAAAACAAAGUUGGAUUCCAAGACCAAUUCAACAUCAAUCAUUUAUUCGAUCGAAUUAUUUUAAAGCAAUAGUUUGUGGAAUUAUUAUCUUUUUUGUAAAAUUUUGGAUAAUAAAAGAAAUUGAAAAUAAAAUGAAUAAUAUGAAAAGAAAUAAUUGGGAAAAACAAAUAAUAAUAAUAAAUAAUAUUAUAUUAAGUAAUCUUUUAAUGAUAUUAAUAUCAUGGGUAAGAAUAUUUUCACAAUUACAAACAGAAAAUUAUCAAUGGAGUUGGUCAAGUUGGUUAAUAGGAGGAAGUUGUGGAAUAAUUUUAGGUUUAAGUAAUAAUAUAAUAUAUAAAUUAAAAGAUAAAAGAGAAGAAGAAGGAAUAAAAGAAAUUAUAGAAACAAUAAUGAUUAUUGGAAUACAAGAAGAAAAAAGAAAUAUAAUAAAUAUAUUAUUGAAACCAAUAAUAUAUUUAUUAAUGAAUGGAUGUAUUUCAUAUUUAUCAUCACUUUUAUUUACUAUUAUAUUAUUUAAAAUUAAUAAAUUAAAGAAAGAAGAAGAAGAAGAAAUAAAUCAUAAUCAUUUAAAUUAA